CCCGUUUGGAGCAGGCUGUAGUACAACAGUGAAUGUGAUCUGUUCACUUUCCGUUCUUGGUUUAGCUGGAAGGACCGUAGGCGAAUUCUUGACAAAUGAAAAGAUCUUCUGAGCACACUGUAAUCCACCUGAGCGAUGCGGAGAAACACUUUCUUAUUGAUGCUGUCAAACAGCGUGCAGCUCUUUGUAGUGAACAAGAGCCCACGUAUAAGAACUUCCAUGCUAAAAUGGCAGCAUGGAGACAAGUGACACAUGAAAUGAAAUUGAAGUUUGGAAAAAAAUUCGAUGCAUAUUCGCUUCAGAAAACUUUCCGAGAGCUCAGAGAUGUAAACAUGAGAAAGAGGAACAGAAACCAGAGCAGACCUCGUUACAGAACGGUAUCGGGAGAGGAGAUCCAGGAAAAAAUAGCUCGUGGAGAACGCUUCUGUAAUGUCUGCAUGGAUGUAGAAACCGAAACGGCGGAUGUUACAGAAGAACAUGAUGCAGAACUUGUGGAAACAAGUCAAUCCUCUUCUGAUACCAGCCUACUUACGGGGCUCGUAGACUGGGACUCUGUCGGUAUCAUCUGCUCAAUCUUGAAAAGCUUCAAAGCACCCGAUACAUUCGGUGCAAUGGGUCAUCUCCUAUCGGCCACACUUCGUGAACUAGAUGCAUUGGAUCCUGUUACUGCUGCUGAAUUCUCUGUGAAAGUUGCAGAACUGCAACUCGAACUCUCUCGCGCCAUAUAUGAACUGAAGAAGGCACAGAGAUAUCGUAUCCUUUCAUAAUUCAUUCUUGGUUGGUUCUGUUUCGUUUUCCAUUAUUGUUUUGUUUCUGUACACAGGAGCUUUCGCCUAUAAUUCAUUAGUACUCAGUGCAUAUAGCAUGUUUCUUUUGUUCGUCUAGUUCUGCCAAUUUUGGCUCUUCCUGACCCAAGAAAUUAGCGAGCGUG